GGUGAAAAUUUCUAUUGUUGGCAACAACAAAUGAAAUUUUGGCUUACUGAGUUGAGUCUGUUCUCUGUGAUUUCUGGUUCUAAAACUGGAAAACAAACAACAUCAUCAUCUAAAGAGGUUGUUGAAAUUGAUGGUACUAAAACCCCUGCUAGUACUAAAGAGGAUGCUAAUGAUGAUGCAACAGAUAAAGAUAUCUUGUGUCAUGGUCGUAUUUUGAGUGCAUUGUCUGAUAAUAUUUAUAAAAUAUUUUGUCAUACCAAAACUGCAGUUGAGUUAUGGGAAGCCCUUGAAAAGAAAUAUGGUUCAGCUGAGAAAGGGUUAAGUCGUUAUUCUUGUGAAAAAAUGAUUGAGUUUCAUAUGGUUGAUAAGAAGUCUGUGUCAGAUCAAAUCCAUGAGUUUGAAAAUAUUGUUUAUGACAUGAAACUGAAAGGAAUUGUUUUGCCUGAUGUCAUGCUUGUGACCUUCAUGAUUUCAAAAUUGCCUCCUUCUUGGUCUGAUUUUGCUAGAAGUUUGAAACAUAAGCCUGAAGGUUUUACUUUUGAUGAGUUGCUUAUCUGUCUGCGUAUUGAGGAAAAACAUCGUCUUUCUCAAAAGAAUUUGCAAGCCUCUAAUUUUCAAGCUAAAGUCCACAUGGUUGAAGGCUCUAGUAAAUCCUCUUUAAAGUCCUUUAAUAGGCAUGGGCCAAACAGAUAUAAGUCUUUCAAAAAACCAGCUUUCUCUAAAAAUAAAGACAAUGCUCCUAAUAACAACAAUAGGCAUGUGGCUAAAAUUCAAGGGAAUGAGACCUUUUGCUUUAUAUGUGGACGAACGAAUCAUGUCGCUAAGAACUGUUUUCAACGUCGUCGUCAACCAAUGUCUACCCAUAAGCCUGAAGCCAAUGUUGUCUCUGUGGGUGCUGCCUCCAAUUCCCUAUCUGACAGGAAUCAAGUACACGAACUGUGAGCAUGGGGAAUGGGAGUGUAGCACAUGUUGUUGGAGAAGGCCAAAUUAGUUUAGAGUUCUCUUCUGGAAGGAGUCUUGUUUUAAAUGGAGUUUAUCAUGUUUCUGAUUUUAGGAGAAAUUUAAUAAGUUGUUCCUUGUUAGUCAAACAAGGUUACAAAUUUGUACUUGAGUCAAAUAGAGCUGUUAUUUCUAGAUUUGGUGUUUUUAUUGGUAAAGGAUACACUUGUGAUGGUCUGUUUAAGUUGAAUGU